AUGGCAGCUUCGUCUCUCACCAAUCUCUCUCUGUCCCUUCAUCAGUACUCCAGCAAAACCCCCAAAUUUCCUAACCUAAUCCCCUAUAAAAACCCUAAAUUCCACUCAUCAUCCUCAAUCUCUAUCCACACUAAACUCCGGCAACCUAUCAGAAAACCUUACUUCUCAUCGACACCCUUCUCGAAAUACUCUAUUGCAGCCUUUCUAUCCCCGCCGCCGGAAAAAAUCUCCAAAAUUUUUGUGAAGACAUUCGUGGCUGUGCUACUUGGGUCGCUCGUUUUCAUCGGCUUUUCAAAAUCAAGGCCUGUUGUAGCUGAGCCCGUUCGAGAAAGCGUGGUUCUCGAAGAAAACGAUUCCCAGUCGGAGCAAAGCCGCGGAAAGGAAGAAGAAGAAGAUGAGGAAGAAAUUAUGUGUGUGAAAUUAUUGCAGCAAAAUCCGGAGAGCAUCGAGGCUUUGAAAAUGGUGGUGAAUGUGAAGAUGAAGAAGGGGAAACCCGGGGAGUCCAUGGAGUAUGUGGCGAAGCUGAUCGAGCUGCAGCCUAAUGAGAUGGAGUGGAGGCUUUUGGAGGCCCUUUGUUGCGAGAUGACGGGGGACCUGAGUAAGGCCAAAAGCUUGUUCAAGGAAAUACUCAAGCAGAGCCCUCUUUUACUCAAAGCUUUGCAUGGGUUGGCAAUGGUGAUGCAUAAGAAGAAAGAAGGGCCAGCUGUUUUUGCGAUGCUAGAUAAGGCCUUAGAGAUUGCUCGUCGAGAGAAAAGAGUCAACGAAGAGCGAAAUAUUAGAAUCUUAAUCGCACAAAUGCAUACCAUAAAGGGGAACUUUGAGGAGGCCUUGGAGAACUUUCAGGAUCUUAUUGAGGAGAAUCCAAGGGAUUUUCGACCUUACCUAUGUCAGGGACUCGUAUACAGCUUACUGGAGAAAACAGAGGAAGCUGAAGAGAAUUUCGAGAUUUAUCGAAGUCUCGUACCUGAUGAGUUCCCUCAGAGAGGAUUCUUAGAUGAUGUUGUCUUGGCAGCGAAAAUAGAUUCAAAGCAGCAGCUUGAGAAGCAGCCAUGA